AUGAUUGCCGUGGAGAUUAUGAGACUUCGCACACUGGCCGAUAGCAGGGACAUCCUCAACGAAUGCCAUGAACUGCUUACCAAACAGCGUGAUCUGAAGGUACAGCUGCUGAACGAUCUCGAGCAUGAGAUAGAUGUUGGGAAUGAAAGGAAACGAGCUGCUGAGAAUACCAGAGAUGAACUCAAGAAGCUGUUGGAGAGAUACCAUGGCCAACGGAUGCGACUGCAGAGUCAAAUCGGCCUCAUGGAUCAUGAUGAAGCGCAAUCACGGUUGCUGCGAAUUCGGUCCUGUUUUGUCCUGCGCUGCAAGUUCGUGGCGGCACAUAUUUCACCCCUUCGAGUAGUGCUCAGAGAGUGUGGCGCUGAAUUGAAGCGCAAGACUCGGCAUGGCCAACAUGUGUCAAUUGUCGGUCACAUACUUUGUGCUUCUUGCGCUCACACGUUGAUCUCGGAUGGCUCAACCUGUCCCCUGAAGGAUUCUGAGCAACAAAUUGAAGAACAUGAUCUCACCGUUGUCGCCUUGGUGUUUGAAACAGCUGGUGAGAAGAAGGAUCUUCAAUCAUACAUCAAUAGGUCAAUGACUUUAUUGAAGACGGAGCAGCAGCUCAUUGAAGAAUAUUCAUCUAACCUGCAACCUGAAACUACCGCCCUUUAUUCGUCCGUCAGAAUGCAAGAAGCUCAAAUCGAUGAUUUCAGAAAUACUGCCGCUCUCCUCUCACAAGAGGUGAUUAAGUUGGAUGGGGAGCGCGUAGCAAUAAGAUAUGUGGUUGUUUGGGAGGUAUUGCCCCCGAAACAUGUUAAAAUAAGUGCUUUCCUCUUCGGCCACUACCGAAUAGGGGAACUACAAAGAGUUUUUGCUGGAGCUUAG